GCACGUGAAACCUCCCGUACCAGAAGCUCCUGCCUGGCUCCCCCAGCUCCGGUGCUGCUCAGUCCAGAGACGCUGCCUCUUCCAUGGCCAGGUUCUCCUCCACCUACUGAACAGCCUGCGGUGAUGGGUAAGGGAACCCAUGGCCACACGGAGACACCAUGGGCACGGAUGGGGAUUGAAUCUGGGCCCUUCACCAUCACGGGCACAAGCCUGCCAGGCUCCCAUUCAGGUAGCCAUGGAAGGCUCUGCCUGCAGACACCCCCUCUCCAUUCCCACUGCCAGACUCUUGCCUGCGGUGACAACGAAGGAGCAGGAGAACUCCUGGGGGAGAACCCCCGGGCUGCACAGUCGGGUGUCAAUAUUGAAAGCACAUCGGUGGAGGCUGUGAAGACUCUUUUUUCCAUGCCUGGAGACUGGAAGGAAUUUGCUGGCAUCCAGUUACAGCAGAGUUGAGACAUGAUAGCCUCCCGCAAUUACUACUCGCAGGGUGUUGGCGUGAUUGCAAGAGCCAUGAUCGAGUUUGAGAACCCUCAGCUCCCUGCAGCUUUCAGAGAGGCCGUCAGCAUUGUCCAGAGUGAGAAGGAGGAGGAGCAGAGAAAUAUCGCCAUGACUUUCUGCACUGAGUUUCUUCAGAGUGCUUCUAUUGCCACGACAGUGACAAAAUCAGACCUCCGGGCGCAGUUCAUGGAGUAGAUCAAAGACACAAAUCCCAUCAUACGCAGGCUCAGUCUACGGGGCCUUGGCAGUAUUGUGCUUCAGCCAGAAAAAGUGAGAGGCAUGGAUUGUCCGGGGGACCAAGGAAGCCGAUGUCUAUCGAAUAGCUCAGAAAUGAGAGUGAGAUCCCCACACAAGCCUUGCUGUGGAGUUAGAAACUCUGUGACUCCUUCACUCCCUCUGCAGCUGGCCCUGACCCAAGCCUGUUUUCCCACCUGGAGCUGACCCCUGUAGCCAGGUCCCAUCUGCUUCGGUUGGGUGGCAGGACUCUAUUCCAGGUUCUCUGCUGGUUCAUUUCUGCAGGAGUUACAAUCUCUUCACAUUUUUUAAAUUUUUCUCCUGCCUCUGUGUCCUGCCUGUGCGGACUCUGCUCCGUUUGCCUGUGCGGUCGGCACAUCGGCUGUGUACCCCGCUGCUGCUGUCUGCGGCCCCCGCUGCACUGCAGGCGCUGUGGAGUUAGAAACGCUGUGACUCCUUCGCUCCCUCUGCAGCUGGCCCUGACCCAAGCCUGAGAGGGUCCGGUUGUUUUCCCACCUGGAGCUGACCCCUGUAGCCAGGUCCCAUCUGCUUCGGUUGGGUGGCAGGACUCUAUUCCAGGUUCUCUGCUGGUUCAUUUCUGCAGGAGUUACAAUCUCUUCACAUUUUUUAAAUUUUUCUCCACAACUGUCAGACCUGCAAACUUUUGUUUUUGAAAAUGAAAGCUGAGGUUCUGGAGAACACAAUAGUAACUCCAGAGAGGUGCUACUGUGGUGCAUGGGCUCAUACUGGCUGUUGCCAUGCCCUGGCUCUAUGCUUUGGCUUCCCUGGACUAGUCGCUGUGGGGAGAACAUGUCAUUUGUAUAUUGUGCAUUUCUUCCUUCUUUCUUCCUAGAUGCAGAACAAGAGCCUGUCAUAAACAGAUAGUUAAGGGUUAAGGUCCCUUUUACCUGUAAAGGGUUAACAUGCAGUACCUGAUGACCACCUGA